AUGGCUUUUUUUGAAGAUGAUUUUAACAGAAACGUGUCAGCAGAACACUGGGAUGUGUGUGACUCCAACCCCUGUGAAAAUGGAGGCAUCUGUUUGUCAGUGUUGGGUGAUGACUUCUAUACCUGCGAGUGUCCCGACGGCUUCACAGAUCCCAACUGUUCUAGUGUUGUGGAGGUUGCUCUAGAUGAAGAGCCAACUUCAGCGGGGCCAUGCAAUCCUAACCCUUGCCAUAAUGGUGGAACAUGUGAAAUUAGUGAAGCUUAUAGAGGAGACACGUUCAUCGGCUAUGCUUGUAAAUGUCCAGAGGGAUUUAAUGGGAUUCACUGCCAGCACAAUGUGAAUGAAUGUGAAGCUGAACCCUGCAGGAAUGGAGGCAUUUGCACAGACCUUGUAGCUAACUAUUCCUGUGAGUGUCCAGGCGAAUUCAUGGGAAGAAACUGCCAGUACAAAUGCUCUGGGCCUUUGGGGAUUGAAGGAGGAAUCAUUUCAAACCAGCAGAUUACUGCAUCAUCCACCCAUCGGGCUCUUUUUGGGCUCCAGAAAUGGUACCCCUACUAUGCACGACUUAACAAGAAGGGCCUUGUAAAUGCUUGGACUGCUGCAGAAAAUGACAGAUGGCCAUGGAUCCAGAUCAACCUGCAAAGGAAGAUGAGAAUCACUGGAGUAAUAACUCAAGGUGCCAAGAGAAUUGGAAGCCCAGAAUAUAUAAAAUCAUACAAAAUUGCAUAUAGCAACGAUGGGAAAUUAUGGGCGACAUACAAAGUAAAAGGCACAACAGAAGAUAUGGUAUUCCGUGGAAAUGUGGACAACAAUACACCUUAUGCAAAUUCUUUUACCCCACCAAUAAAAUCUCAGUACAUACGAUUAUAUCCUCAAGUUUGCAGAAGGCAUUGUACUUUGCGAAUGGAACUCCUUGGAUGUGAAUUAUCAGGUUGCUCUGAACCCCUAGGAAUGAAAUCAGGACAUAUACAGGAUUAUCAGAUUACUGCUUCCAGUAUCUUCAGAACACUCAACAUGGACAUGUUUACAUGGGAACCUAGGAAGGCUCGACUAGACAAACAAGGCAAAGUGAAUGCCUGGACAUCAGGACACAGCGACCAGUCACAGUGGCUGCAGAUUGAUCUUCUCGUUCCCACAAAAGUGACUGGCAUUAUUACCCAAGGAGCUAAAGAUUUUGGUCAUGUACAGUUCGUGGGUUCCUAUAAACUUGCCUACAGCAAUGAUGGAGAUCACUGGACCAUAUAUCAGGAUGAAAAGCAAAAAAAGGAUAAGGUUUUCCAGGGAAACUUUGACAACGAUACCCACAGAAAGAACGUCAUUGACCCUCCAAUCUAUGCACGGCACAUAAGGAUCCUCCCUUGGUCAUGGUAUGGCAGAAUCACUUUACGGUCAGAGCUCUUGGGCUGUACAGAAGAGGACUGA